GUUGGCGAGGCGUUGCUGCGUGCACAAGUGCGGGAUCAUUUAAUCCGAGCCAUCGAGACAUUAAUUUUGUCGUGGAGACGAGAAUAUGGGCGCCGCGCGGUCGGCGGCAAGAGACAACGUGUAAACGUUGCAUUGUAUGUCGAUGGGGGCAAUGGCACCUAACGCAGCCACAAAGGAGCUGCCGGCCGAGUCGCCAUGUCCAUCCUCCUUCACAAGCAAAUAGAUGACGGCUUCUGUUUCGAGCACGCACGAGAACUCUCGAGACGGGUUCGUUUUAUGAACUUCCCAGAGCAUGUCCAUACCUGACUCAGUCUUCGUUUCCAAGCAUGGCCGCACAACAUCAGCCGACCAGCCACUUUCAAUCGACCCAUGCGCCAGCCAAGCAGCAGCAGGUCAACAUCACGUGUGAUCCCACCACCAUCACGAUGGUUGUCUGCCCCGGCUGCCUCAAGGUUGGGAUUUGGUCAUACGACUGUACACAAGUCAAGCCAGCCAUGCGAAAACGCAGCAGACCACGUGCCUUGACACCUUUUCCGACGCGACAGCUGCCUGAAGGAAGCGUGUGUGAAGCAAGCCAACUCGCCAUCAAACGCCAACGGACACAAUUGAUGUGGUCGCCAAACACCGAAACCUCUGAAUCGGAGCUGUCCUCGGAGAGCAGCACCAGCGAGAGUGAUGCAGAUGAUGACGAGACAGCUCUGGGCGAUCCAAGCGGCGACACUGCGAGCAGCAAGCCUCCCGUGUCGCGGUCUUCAGCGUGAACAAAUGAAUAAACAUUGUUCCUUGUUCGUGGA